ACAUGUUGUGCCUCCGCAUGUGGUUCUGGAAAAAUAGCGCCAUUCUUCUCGGUUUAAUCUCAAUUUUUCUAGAUAAUCAGUUAAAUAUCGUUUGAUGUGAGGCACUUAGCUUAACUUUUAUCAUUUGAUGCUGCAAUAAACAUUCUAAGCGCACAAUGGCGAGCAUCCACUCGCUUAACAUUCGCGGCAUCCGUAGUUUUGGCACCGACAACGACGACGAGCAGGCGAUCAAGUUCAUUUCUCCCAUCACUUGCAUUGUGGGGCAAAAUGGUUGUGGAAAAACGACAAUCAUCGAGUCCCUGCGCUAUGCCACGACCGGAGUGUGUCCUCCUGGCACGGACAAAGGCAAGAGUUUUGUCUACGACCCGAAGCUGACUCGUGCUGGCGAGUCCCUAGGACAGGUCAAACUGAGGUUCAACAGCACCAAGAAGACCGUGAUGCAGAUCAAAAGGUCAGUCAGGUGCACGACCAAAGGGAACAAGAUUGAAAUGAAGACCCUCGAACCUACCGUGGAAUACAUUGAUAAAUAUGGAAAUAAAAAUGCAUCAUCUGGAAGAUGUCAGGACAUCAAUCAAAUGGUCACAAGCAACAUGGGAGUAUCUGCGGCCAUCUUAGAGAAUGUCAUCUUCUGUCAUCAAGAAGACUCGCUCUGGCCAUUGGACGAGUCAAAGAAAUUGAAAGAGAAGUUUGAUGAUAUUUUUGAUGCUGCAAAGUAUAACAAAGCUGCUGAUUCUUUGAUCAAAACAAUCAAAGCUAAGAAAAUAGAUUUCAAAGUGGCCAAAACUGGAAUUGAACUCCAUAAACAAAACUGGGAUACUUUAGUGAAGAAAAAUCAAGAGUUGGAAAGAGAUUCCAAGAGGUAUCGCGAAGGAGAGGAAGAGAUUGAGGAACUCAAACAGAAAAAGAGGCCAAUGAGUGAAGAGUUGAGUAAAAUUCAUCAGAGAGAAAGUGACUACAGCGAUUUGAGAACACAAGUUGCCACAUUGACAAGCUCAAGGAGCGAUUUGAUGAACCAGCAGGAACACAUAAAGAAACAAAUCAAGAAUUUGCACAAAGGUUCUCGACAAGAGCUAGAGGAAGAGAUGCGCAACUUCAAAGCUGACAUAGAGUUGAAGGAAAAGGAAAUUGUUGAACUUGAAGAGGAAAUUGCCAAACUCUCUAGAGAUGAGAAGGCUAUGGCUAGUCGAAUCCAACAGGAGCAAAUGGAACUCGGCAAGCUCACCCAGGAGGAGAAAACUUUUAAAGGAGUUCUUGAGAGCAGGCUCAGACUGCUGCAGAGUAUUGCCAAGGAGUUGGAUAAGAAUGUGAAAAUCGAAAGUCCUGAUGACAAGUCUGGAUAUGAGAAGGCCCAAGGAAUUAUUGAGAAGGGAAUCCAGGAUGAAGAAGUCAACUUGAAAAAUGUUUGCAAAGAGCAAGAUUCAAUUGAGAGAGCACAAGAGAAUGAAAUUUACAAACUACGAGACGAGUUGUCAAAAGCGCAAGGCAAAGUUGCCCAGCUUGAGACGAGCAUUGAACAAAAUGACAAUCAGCUGAAAUCCAACACCGCCGAGUUGAGGAAAGUUGACUCUGGACUUGCAAAAGUGUCUGUUUUGGAAACUCGUCUGAAUAGAGUUAAAGAGGAUUUGAAAGCCGAAGAGGACAACCUGGACAUUGAAGAGUCUCAGAGGGAAAUCCUGAGCACACAAGGAGAAAGAAAAGAUCUGGAGGAUGAAUAUGAGGUGAUUUCUAAAGAGAUCAAUGUCCUUCAACUAGCCAAAGGUCAUCAAGCUGAGGCUGACGUUUACAAGAAAAGCAUUGAGGACAAACAAGAAGGAAUCAAAUCUUUGAUGGAAAAGAACAAAGACGGCUUGAAAAAUCUUUUCGCAGAGAUUCCCGAGACUAAAUUGAAAUCAGCCGUGGACAAAAUCAUUGCCACAAAUGAGAAAGAAAGAGCCAUUCACCAAAAGGCACUGCAGGAUUUUAAAGAUGCCCAAAUCUCUGCAAAUGCAGACCUUGCUCAUGCCAAGAAGCAGCUUGAGGAAAUUGAGAAUACAUUGAAAGUUGAGGAGAAUAAAAUCCAAAAGGAAUGUGGCAACAAAGACUUGGAUGCAAUGCUUCGAGAAACAGAAGCUGAGCUUCAGAAAGCUACUGAUCAAAAAGGCAUUCUCGAUUCAUCCUGUGUGUUGUUCCGUCGAUAUAUUACCGUGCUAAAAAAGGAAGAUCCAUGCUGCCCUCUCUGCCACCGUGAUUUUAAAGCAAAGAAGGAAACUGACAAGUUGAUCGAUGAGCUCAACAUAAAAGUAAAAGAUUACCCAGUUCAAAUUGAAGACCAGGCCAAAAGUCAGAAGGCUCUGCAGUUCAAACUCAGCCAGCUUCAGCAGCUGAUUCCCUCUCAGAAGAAACUUAUGAAAAUGCAGACUGAAGAACUUCCCCAGCUUAGGGAGCAAAUUGAGGACUACGAGAUGACACUGGCUGUUGCCAUAGCUGAGGAGAACUCGGCCGUUGAAAAAUUGAAAGUUCCUGAGACCAAGCUGAAAAUUGCCGAGUCCCUUAAGGCGGAUAUGGCUUUUGUGGAUAAAUACCAAGAGGAGAUUUGCAAGGUUGAGGAGAAGCUGCGAGAAGUGGAAGAGAAGUUAGCUGUGGGUGGAUCAUCUCGAAGCUUGGAGGAAGCUCAAGAGGAUCAGAACAGGAUAUCAGCUUCAAUCAAAAGGUUGCAGAAGAUUGCCGAAGAUAAACAAAAUGCUCUUAACAAGCAUCAGAAGAGAGUUAACGAUCUGAAGGACCGUAAAAAUGAACUCACCAAAGAGCUGCUGGACAUUCGAUCAGGAGAGCAGCGGAAAACUCAACUCUUGGACCUGGUCAAGCAGCUGACUGAAAAAGACAAGCAGUUUAAGAGAGAGCUAAAGGAAGCUGAAGAAGCUAUCAGGCCAAAGCAGGAUGCCUUAAAUGCUGCCAACGAGGAGAAGUCGAUUGUCAAAAUGGAGCACAAUGCCUUGCGGGAAGCUAACCAGAAGAAACUGUCAAACUUCCGGAGUCGCUUAGCAAGUUUAAAGGAAAUGAACAAAAGUGUGGAGACCUAUGAGGCCAGGAACUUGUCCCGCAAACUAGAGGAUUUGAGAGCAAAUGUUGAGAAACUGACAGAAAAGAAGGAUAAGGUCAACUUGGCAAAGGAAAACAUGAGUGACAAGAAGGUCAAAUUCCAAAAGGAUCUUGCGUCCCAAAAUGUUAAGCAGAGAGACUUGAACGAUAAUCUGAGACUAUUUGAACUGAGAGAGAAAAUUGCAACUGCAGAGGGAAAACUAUCCGAUCUGCAGGAAAAACUUGGCAACUUGAACUUUGUGGAGUUAAUGGAGCGAAAGAAUAAAUUGAACAGCACCAUUUUGAGCAUCAUGAAUAAUAUUUCUCACCUAGAAGGUGCUCAGAAAGAGCUGAAGUCUAAAAUCAACGAGCUCAAACAGGAGCUGGACAAGCCCAUUAUGAAGAACGCUGAGGCCACAUACAAACAGAAGCAUGUCAACCUUCUGGUGGAGGAAAGAAUCAUUAAAGACUUGCACAUGUACCUUACGGCGUUGGAACAGGCCGUUAUUCACUUCCAUAAAGAGAGAAUGGCGGAGGUCAACAGAAUCGUUCGAGAGCUGUGGAUCUCAAUCUACAAGGGCUCAGACAUUGAUCAUAUCGAGAUCAAGACUGAGAAAGAUGAAAAACAAGCAGCUACAACAAGGAAAAGUUACAACUACAGAGUUGUGAUGGUGAGGCAGGAAAGGGAAUUGGACAUGAGAGGUAGAUGCAGUGCCGGGCAGAAGAUGUUGGCUUCACUUGUGAUUCGAAUUGCUCUGGCCGAAACAUUCAGCUCCAGCUGCGGAAUCUUGGCGCUCGACGAACCCACUACCAACCUUGAUGCAGCCAACAUUGAAAGUCUUGGCAAUUCAUUGAUCGAGCUCACUCAAAGCCAUAGGAUGCAGAAGAAUUUCCAGCUACUGAUUAUCACCCAUGAUGAAGAUUUCAUUGAAAAAUUGACCCAAGCUCAGCUGAUUGAAUCCUUCUAUAGAGUGACUCGCGAUAAUCAAGGGCAUUCCAAAAUCAAGAAAUUCAAAGUGGGUGGCACUCGUGAAGGGGAAUAAGUGCAGAAGAAGAAAAAUCAUUUUAAUUUUAAUCAUUCCUAAACGCAAUGUAUAAUUAAAAAAUGACCAUAUUUUAAAUUUGUAAAUUGUGUCCUAAAAUAAAAUAAAAAAGUAAUUUGCAAUCAUG